AUGGGCAACUCCGGGAGCACCCCCAAGAUAUCUGCCCAGGAUAAAGCUAUCCUGGACAUGAAGAACCAACGAGACAAGCUACACCAAUACCAAAAGAAGAUUAUCGUCAUCACCAACCGCGAGACCGAAAUUGCGAAAGAAUGUCUGAAAAGGGGCGACAAGCGGCGCGCUUUGCUGGCGCUGCGCCGGAAGAAAUACCAAGAGUCGCUCCUGCAGAAGACCGACUCACAGCUUGCCCAGCUUGAGACGCUCACGAGCGAUGUUGAAUUUGCGUUAGUACAGAAAGAUGUACUAUUCGGCCUACAACAAGGCACGAGCGUGCUAAAGGAGAUUCACAAGGAGAUGGGUGGGCUGGAGAAUGUGGAGAAGCUUAUGGGCGAGAAUGAAGAGGCGCAGGCAUACCAAAGAGAAAUCAGCGAAAUGCUUGCUGGCAGAAUGUCUAAUCAAGACGAGGACGAGGUUGAGGACGAGCUAGACGCGCUGGAGAAGGAAAUGAACGGCACCAAGCUCCCGGAGAACCUACCAGAUGCUCCGACUAAGCUUGAAAGAAUGUCGCAUCACUGCCACGACGAGCACGCUGGCCACGGAGGCCAUGAUCAUGGCGACCAUGGGCACGUACACGACCACAGCGACGACAUCACACCAGCGCUGCAGUCGCUGCUGUACGAGCAAGUCGACUUCUCCAGCGUCAACACGCUGAACGAGGAGACGCCCCGCGCAGGAGCCGCCAUUCUGCAGAAGACGUGGGCGCAGCGCCUAGACCCAGAACCGGAGCUAGCCAGCGAUGCCGACGAACAGCUGCUCAUGUUCGUCCCCUUCACCGGCCAAGUCCGCCUGCACGCCAUUCUUGUCCGUACCAGCACGACCGAUUCCGCUCCCAAGACACUCAAAGUCUUCCUGAACCGUGACGACCUUGACUUCGGCACUGCAUCCGAUUUGCAGCCCACGCAGACCUUCGAGCUCUCCCAGACCAACGACAUCCAAGAGGUGCCCGUCAAACGCGCACUCUUCAACACCACCCGCUCUCUCACCCUCUUUUUCGAGGACAACUUCGGCCAGGGCGAAGAGGACGUCACUCGCAUUUCCUACCUUGCCUUCAAGGGCGAGUUCAUGAAGUUGAACAAGGAACCCGUCAACUUCCUGUACGAGGCCGCCGCCAACCCAGCGGAUCACAAGGUGAAGGGAACGAGCGCAUUGGGUAUGGGGAGCGGCAUCGGCGGACCGGGUGGUGGCGGAGGCGGAAUUUGA